UUGACUGAGAAAUGGGAGCAGUUAUGUCUAGGCUUAGGGUCAUUCUUAAUUACUAUUUUACACUUGCAUUACAGUCUCUUGUAUACAGUAAUAUACAGUUCUAUUACAAGGCAAGCACAUUCAGCCAAACCAGAAUUUGCAGCCCCUUUCGAUAAUAUCAAGAAAAUCAUAAAAACCAGGAAAGCCCCUUGGAUAAAACAAUAGUCUGAACACCGGACAAUUUAUUGAAGACAUAUGACUUAUAAUUUUGAGGCAACAUUGUUGACUGCCGAAGUUUCAAAGUAAAAUGGUAUCCUACGCGUAACUGCUGUCUGCGACAAAACGAUGAGGGAGAGAGAGAGAAAGAUGGAGAGAGAGACAGGGAGGACAGGUUAAGACGCGCGCGUUGGCAGACAGUCAAGAACAACAGCUGAUUCUAUACAUUUUCAGCACUAUGGACAGUUCUAUUCUGCAGCCCGAGCAGACCGAGGGGGUAUAAAAGGUACGAGCCGUGCUGCUUAGCCUGCACACCAACACGGCUGAGUCUACUGAGACAAUAUGAGCCACAGAAUGGAGUAUCCUUCGGGUUCUCCGCAUAGAGGAAAUCAAGCUGAGUAUUCCCUCUAUCAACUCAAACUGACUGGAUCCCCCUCUGCGUCCAGGACCGUUGGCUUUGAGUCGACUACCGCAUCUAUGAGCAGAGGAUAUGCAAAGACGCUGAAGAGCGAAUUCGGAUCCGUUCCAAGAUCAUCGGAGAGCUUUUUUGAUUUAUCAAACCCAUUUACCGGGGUGUUGACGAAAAUGAAUGAGAAAGAACUGCUCCAUGGGCUGAACGAUCGUUUCGCCGGAUUCAUAGAGAAGGUGCGUCAUUUAGAGCAUCAAAAUGAAUUGCUCGAGAGGGAAAUCGAGGAAAUCAAACAGAAGGCACAGUCCCCUGCUUCUCUGGCCCAGGAGCACGAGCCGGAGCUUAGGGAUCUGAGGAAAUUAUUUCAUGACAUCACCCUUCAGAAGCGUCAGAUCGAGAUAGAGCAUCAGAACCUGGAGGAAGAUUUCCUCACCUUGAGAGACAAGUACGAGCAGGAGGCGCGUGACCGCUCGGACGCAGAGAACGGCAUCCUUGUGCUGAAAAAGGACGCCAACGAUGCAUACCUCGCCAAACUUCAGUUGGACAAGAAAGCGCAGUCUCUGGUGGACGAGAUCCACUUCCUGAAGAAGAACCAUGAGGACGAGGUAUCGGAGAUGGUGGCCAAGAUCCAAGAGGCUCAGGUAACGGUCAAGGCACACGACUUUUGCAAACCCGAAAUCACUGCGGCUCUCCGGGACAUCCGUGCACAGUUAGAAGGUCACGCUGCCUCCGACAUUCAGCAGGCGGAGGAGGGCUUCCGUGUCCAGUUCGCAAAGUUAACCAAAGCGGCCGAGAGUAACAGAGAGGCCAUGAAGGCGACCCAGCAGGAGAUCCAGGAGAAUAGAAGGCGCCUGCAGGUAAAAAAUAUUGAACUGGACUGCGGGAAAGGAACGAGAGAGGCCCUGGAAAAACAACUACACGAGCUGGAAGAGCGUCACUAUGUGGAAAUGAUUCAUUACCAGGACACUAUCAGGCAGCUGGAGAAUCAGCUGACCAAUGCUAAACUAGACAUGUCUGGCUACCUGAGAGAGUACCAGGACCUGCUGAAUGUCAAAAUGGCUUUGGAUGUGGAGAUUCUCUCUUACAGGAAACUCCUGGAGGGUGAGGAAUCCCGUCUGUACACCAUCUCUGACACCCACAUCUCCAUGCCCUGCAUCUACAACCAGCCCCCCGUCUACACCCUGCCUUGCCUGGCCCGGCAGGGAGGUCCCACACGUAGAUCUGUGCCCCAGUACAAGUUUGUAGAGGAGAUCAUAACUGAGACCACCAGAGAGGUGGAGAUGUCCGAGAUCGAGGAGACAGGCUCCGAGGAGACAGGCUCCGAGGAGACGGUCGGGGGACAGGGAGAGGAGCUGAGACAGAAGCAGGGAGAAGAGCGUGACAAAGCUGAUAGGAGGAGUGGGGAAGAGGAGGAUGAAGAGAAAGAGAAAGAUGGAAGUAAAGUGGAUCUUGAAGUGGACGCCCCCAGAGGAAAAAGGGGUGAACAGGAGGAAGAGUCUAAGAGACAGCAGAUGGAAACAUCAGCAGAGGUAGCGAUGAAUGGAGAUGGAGUUAACCCUAGCGAGGGAGAAGAUGGAGAGGAAGGAGAUGACGAAAGAGAGGAGGAAAAGGGGGGAUGA